AUGCAAACUCACGAACACUUCAACACAACGAACACAGCGUUCGCGCGCAUCACUGAACAACCGGCCAAAUGCGGCGUUCGCUUCCGCUACGAGUGCGAGGGCCGCAUCUCGGGUGCCAUUCCCGGCCAGAGCUCCACAACAGUGCGGCCCACGUUUCCCACCAUUCAACUCUUCAACCACAGCGGCCGCGCCAAAGUGGUCGUCUCGUGUGUCACCAAAAACCAUCCCUUCCGCGCGCAUCCGCACAAUCUGGUGGGCAAGAAGUCGUGCAAAGACGGCGUGUGUUCGCUCGUGUUCGCCGACGGCGUCUGCGUUUUCAACAAUCUCGGCAUUCUGUGCGCCAAACGCAAAGACAUUCGCGAGCGACUGCGCGUACGCGAGGCCCUGCGUGUGGACCCCUUCCGCACGGGUUUCGGCCACAAAUCGCAAGCUUUCAAAAUCAUAGAUCUGGCGGUCAUUCGGCUUUGCUUUCAAGUCUAUCUGGAGAGCGCGCCCGACGUGUUCGACGUGGCGCUCGAGCCGCUCGUCUCGGAGCCCAUCUUCGACAAGAAGGCCAUGUCUGAGCUCGCAAUCGCCAAACUCUCGCACUACUCGGCGCCCGUCGGCGGCGGACAAGACAUUGUGCUGCUGUGCGACCGCGUCGUCAAAGACGACAUUCGGAUCCGCUUUUGGGAGGAGCGCGACGACUGUCUCUAUUGGGAGGCGUUCGCCGACUUCAAGGCCAGCGACAUUCACAAGCAUUUCGCCAUUUCGUUCCGUUCGCCCAAAUACUGCGACCUUUCGGUGCAGAACGCGAUUCCCGUGAACGUGGAGUUGGUUCGGCCGUCGCCG